AUGCGGCGCCGAACCACGCCCUUCGCUUCUUCUUCCUCCUCUUCCGGUGGCAGUGGCGGCGGCGUCGUCUCGGCCCCUGCCGAGCCUGGCAGGGCGACGUCGGAGAUCGAACAGAUCGAGCCCUUCCCGCGCUUCGACGCGGUCUCCGACGACUCGGACCACUUCUACCGCAACCCCAGGCAAACCAUCCCGGCCUCAACCCAGAAGAACAUCAUGCACGAGUGGAAGCUCCUGGAGCAGCACCUACCGGAGUCCAUCACCGUGCGGGCCUACGAGAAGAGGAUCGACCUCCUCCGGGCUGCCAUCGUGGGUGCCGCCACGACGCCCUACCACGACGGCCUCUACUUCUUCGACAUAUCCUUCCCGCCCAAUUACCCGGCGCAGCCGCCCCAGGUCCACUACCGGUCGUUCGGGUACCGGAUCAACCCGAACCUCUACGCGAGCGGCGCCGUCUGCUUGAGCUUGCUCAAUACGUGGGGCGGUAACUUUCUCGAGAGAUGGAACCCGAAGGAGUCGACAAUCCUGCAGUUGCUGCUAUCGAUCCAGGCCCUCGUGCUCAACGAGAAACCCUACUACAACGAACCGGGCUCCGGCAUCUUCAAAAUUCUCGGACCGUACGGCGAGAAGAGCUCCUUCGCCUACAACGAGGCGACCUUCGUCCUCUCGUGCAAGUCCAUGCUGCGCCUGCUCAGCCGGCCCCCGAGAGGGUUCGAGGUCCUCGUCGUGGGGCACUUCCGGGACAGGGCCCGCGCCAUACUGCAGGCCUGCAGGGCGUACGCCGACGGGCGUGUCUGGGUCGGGUACUUCCUGGAGGGCAAUCCGCCGCAGCAGGGUCCGUCGUCUAGAGUGGCGGUGUCGCAGAAGUUCAAGGAGUCCAUGAGGAGCUUGUAUCCGCAGCUAUUCGAAGCGUUCAGCAAGGAAGGGGCUUCGCUGGCUGGUUUGCACAAAGAACUGAGCGGCGACCUACCUCUGGCGCCGGGGAAGAAGGGUUUAUGGCCAAUAUCGUUGAAAUGGCUAAGAACUUGUUGGAAUUGA